AUUGUGCUACACAUGCAACAUUAAAACCACGCGCUCUACAGAGCUAUUUGCAUUUUAAUUAUUUCAUUUGUCUGGCAUUAGUUCCUUCUAGGAAGGUGCACACAGAGUAAAUGGUGAAUGGUGCAAUCACACGUGCAAAACGUGUAACACAUCACGGUGCGAUUACACUUCACACGUCUGUUUCAGCUGCGUCUCAGCGUACCACUUUAGUGUGUUGACAAAGUGCGAACGGAACGAGAAGAUUUGGAAAACGUUAAAUUUUCUGCCCCCUCCUUGGUACAUCAUUAGAGAUCUUUCCUUGCAGUGAAACGUGUACGCGUGGCGUGGUUGAGAGGCUGCUAAACAGCAGGAUUCCAACGAGUCCAAUCUCGUCAAGGAGUGUCAUAGUUGCGAUGGAGAAUAACGAGACGACAUCAACUACUCAUGAUUCGCACGGUGUCACAAAUGGACGUCUAGCGAAAGAUGUAGAGGAGAUUAAAAUACCAGUACCAUGGGGCCACGUCAGCGGGAAAUGGUGGGGACCGAAAAACGAGCAACCUAUACUGGCAUUACAUGGCUGGCAAGAUAAUGCAGGAACGUUUGAUGGCUUGGCAGAAUUUUUACGACCAAACGUGGCCAUACUGAGCAUAGACCUGCCUGGUCAUGGCUUCUCAUCCCAUUUGCCAUAUGGACAGAUGUACUAUAUAUUUUGGGAUGGGCUGGUCUUACUGCGUAGAAUUGUUAAUCAUUACAAGUGGAACAAGGUGAAACUGCUCGGGCACUCGUUGGGUGGUGCUAUAGGCUUUCUGUAUGCGGCAACGUAUCCCAAUGAAGUCGACUUCCUCAUAAGUCUGGACGUUGUUAGUCCACUCGUUAGGAAUGUUGAAAAAAUAGCUUCUCUUACUGGAGAUUACAUUGACAAAUUUUUGAAGUACGAUCUGCUGAUGCUGGACUGCGUACCAUGCUACGAGUACGAUGACAUGAUAACAAUAGUGGAAAACGCUUACGAGGGGUCCAUAACAAGGGAAGCAGCAGAGAUAUUAAUGAAACGCGGUAUGCAACCGGCGCACGAAAGGGGCAAAUAUUAUUUUUCCCGCGACCCGAAGCUAAAGGUUUCGUUCUUGGGCGUGCUGUCUCUGGAUUUAAUACUUCAAUUCGCAUCCCAAAUAAGAUGCCCUUACCUCAACAUUCGUGCAAUUCCCGGGCAAACUAUUCACGGUGAAAAUUAUGGGAAAGUAUUGGAGAAGGUGGAAGAAGGGGUUAGAAGAUUCGAGUAUCACGAAGUAGAGGGCACCCAUCAUGUGCACUUGAACGAACCUGAAAAGGUUGCGCCUAUAAUUAAUCGUUUUCUGCGAGAUUAACAUGCAUAAAUGUUAAUUUAUAAUUAUUAGUAGAUGCCAUUACUUAAGGACAAGGUUGUAUCAGAAAACUUUUGUGUGAUAAACGUUAGAUUCAUGUCUUUAUGCAAGAGUUACUGUAUGCUGAUGUGAAUUGCUUUACAUUGACGCACACAGUGCUAGAUUGUCAAAUUCUAAAUACUGCAUUUAUGAAAAUGAUGUGCGAUAUUUAUUUACGAAAACGAGAUAGCAUCUUCGGCUGUGAUAAAGAAAAAUGUGUAGAUACAGCUAAACUGGGGAAAUAUCGAAAUAUAUCAUAUGUUUUAACUGAUGUGUUUCUAACAUAGCACUCCGCUUCCAUAAUUAUACUGAGUAAUCAAAUAAACUAUUUAAUUUAUUAACAGU